CCCCCCAGAAUUCUUAGUGUUACUGAAUACGACUUGACUACUUCUUCCCCCCGAUGCUCCUUUGGUGUUGUUGAAGAUCCCUUCAAUUAUCGCUCACCUGUUCCUCUAAUCCGUCCCUCCGCCGUCCUCAUACCAACACCAACACCGCCUCCUAUCUUCAUCGCCGCCCCGAUAUCCUCAUCCAACCUCCCCUCCUUGAAUGACUAUCACAUCUCACCAUGUCGCCAUCCACCGCACAUAUAUCCAGCCAGCUAAGGCAACUGAUAUACUACCACCUUGAUAACAACCUCGUCCGUAAUGCGCUCUUUCUUGCCGGCCGUUUGCAUGCAUACGAACCCCGGGCGGCGGAAUCUUCAUACUUACUCGCCUUGUGCCAUCUUCAAAACGGGCAAGUGAAAGCGGCCUACGAUUACAGCAAGAACUUUGGAUCGAGAGGCACACACCUUGGCUGCGCAUAUGUCUUCGCCCAGGCGUGCUUGGACCUGGGGAAAUAUCAGGACGGCAUCAAAGCGUUGGAUCGAAGCAAAGGGCUUUGGGCCUCCAAGAACCACUGGGGCAAACACAGUGAAACACGCAGGCAACAUUUGCCGGACGCGGCAGCAGUGCUAUGUCUGCAAGGCAAAUUAUGGCAUGCGCACAAUCAGCUCAACGCAGCUGUAGAGUGUUAUGUCGAGGCGCUCAAGUUGAAUCCGUUCAUGUGGGAUGCCUUCUUGGGCCUGUGUGAAACUGGGGUCAAUAUUCGCGUCCCUAAUAUUUUUAAAAUGACACCGGAACUAAAUGCUCUAGUAUCCUCCGCUUCACAGGAGGAUUUGGACUUCUCCUCGGACAAGCCAGUUCCUGCAGGGGGGCCCUUGCAAACGCAAGCGAAAGCGAACUCCAGUGUCGACCCCUUUACUACGGUUACGUCUCGGAGUGAGCCGGGCAGCACCCAUGGGAGCUCUGCUCUGUGGGAGAAACUCAACGGAAGCACAGUCAGCGUGGCAUCUACAGGGGCCUCGGCAGCGCCGGCAGUUCGGGAAGGGACCGAAACCCCUGGGGGUCAAAGCAGCGAGUCGGACGACGUUCGUGGUGCGCAUCGGACAGAUGCACCUUGGGAGCCACCUUUGGCCCCGGCACGGAAAAACAGGACGAUACAGGCCAUCAGCGCCGACCACACGAUGGACUCCCCACCAAAAAUGAAGCCCACGGGUAUCCGACCUAGAACGAGGACUAAAGCCGAGGUCGAAGAGCAGGCUGCUACCCACGCGGAGCGAGACGUCACUCAUGGAUCCCGGGUGGGCGAUCGCAAGCGCACUGUCUCUGGUUCAGUGGCGCAUCCUGCAGCGCAACCCACCGAACCCGGGGCGCCGCAACGGCGCAGCGUCCGGCUGUUCAAUCAAAUAAAGCCGACCACCAGCAAACUUUCCAGCACGACACUCGGGGCGAAAGACGGCCGCGAACUGAAGAAAGUAAGGUCAACUGGCGCGAAGGGUCGGACCACCACUACAAGCGUGGGUCGUGUCGUAAGCGGCAAUCGAAAACAUCUCAACGAUGCGCACGAGGGUGAAACCAAGGAGCACCGGCCAAUGUCAUUGGUGCCGACUGGUAGUCAUCACACCUCCGCAAGGGGAGCAUCGCUUGACCGGUCUAAAGCGGUUGAGGCAUUAACCUGGCUGUUAGAACUAUUUUCCAAAUUGGCGUCAGGGUACUUUGCGUUGUCUCGGUAUCGUUGCGCUGAAGCCACGCAAAUCUUCGCGGCCUUGUCCCAGGGCCAGCGGGAGACCCCUUGGGUCCUUUCACAGAUUGGACGAGCAUACUACGAGCAAGCAAUGUAUUCGGAGGCGGAGAAGUACUUUGUCCGGGUAAAGACAAUGGCUCCGUCGCGGUUGGAGGAUAUGGAAAUCUAUUCGACCGUGCUUUGGCAUCUCAAGAAUGAUGUCGAGCUGGCCUAUUUGGCGCACGAGCUGAUGGAGAUUGAUCGACUGUCCCCUCAGGCGUGGUGUGCCGUUGGCAACUCCUUCUCCCAUCAGCGGGAUCACGACCAAGCCUUGAAGUGUUUCAAGCGAGCAACGCAACUUGAUCCUCACUUCGCGUAUGGCUUCACAUUGCAAGGGCACGAGUUCGUGGCCAACGAAGAAUACGACAAGGCACUCGAUGCGUAUCGGCAUGGCAUUAGCGCCGACAGUCGUCAUUAUAAUGCCUGGUAUGGAUUGGGUACCGUAUACGACAAGAUGGGCAAGCUGGAGUAUGCCGAACAACAUUUCCGUAAUGCAGCCAAUAUCAACCCCACGAAUGCGGUGCUCAUCUGCUGCAUUGGGCUCGUCCAGGAGAAGAUGAACAACCCCCGAGCUGCUCUAGCCCAGUAUGGGCGCGCUUGCCAACUGGCCCCUCAUUCGGUGCUUGCUCGGUUCCGCAAAGCUCGGGUGCUGAUGAAGCUUUCGGAGCUCAAGUUGGCUCUCACGGAGUUGAAGGUUCUGAAGGACAUGGCACCGGAUGAGGCCAACGUGCAUUACCUCCUGGGUAAGCUCUACAAGAUGUUGCAUGAGAAGGCCAAUGCCAUCAAGCAUUUCACGACGGCCUUGAAUCUGGAUCCCAAGGCGGCCCAAUACAUCAAGGACGCCAUGGAGUCGCUGGAUGACGAUGAGGAAGAUGACGAAGAUAUGGCCUGAUUGUUUCCUCCUUGUUGUU